GAACCCAAUAAUUGUCAAGUUUUCAGCAGUCUAUGAGUUUUCUAUAACUGCCAGCUGUCAGUUAUACAUAUAUUUUUAUUUUAUUUUGAUCCACACAGACGUUAACAUCGUUGUCCUAACUGAACCCAAUAAUUGUCAAGUUUUCAGCAGUCUAUGAGUUUUCUAUAACUGCCAGCUGUCAGUUAUACAUAUAUUUUUAUUUUAUUUUGAUCCACACAGACGUUAACAUCGUUGCGAUUCAACAUGAUUCAUACUCUAUUGCGCCGACAUCUGCUAUCCAGCCGGAGGGCUAUAGUCAAAACCCAAGGAGCUCCAGUGCGGAGCUACAUGCCCCUCGCAGGACCACCGCGAUUUCCUAUGAACCCCGCUCAGCGGCUAAUCCUCGGGGUCGGACCACUGAUCCUGAUGAUGGUUAUACCAUAUUGGGCCCUCUUCAACAUGCCCCGUUGGUCGCGUAUGCAUCUAGGCUUGCCGCCCGAGGAGGAGGAGGAAGAGGCAGAGCCGCCACCAGAGAAUGCUAAAUAACAAAAUCAAAACCAUACCGUUCUGGACAUUCUUUUAAACGGUGACUUCUGAUGAACUUUUACUGGGGUCUUUACACUCGCAACGAAGACGGCAAUCUACUUAUUAAACUGAAUACUUUAUCACCUAUUCAUUUAAAUGGAAUUCAGCAGACAAAUAGCAACAGCGUGAAAAUUAUAACAGUCUAUUUAGUUAAAAUUCAGAGCUUAAUCAUUAAAAUAAAUAGGCUUUAAAUACGAA